AUGAAGGACACGGCGGAUGACGAUGUGCAAUUGGCCCAGAUCGGCCACAAGCAAGAGCUGAAGCGCCAUUUCUCGCUAGUAUCUAUGCUGGGCCUGGCUUUCGCUAUUCUAAACUCAUGGACGGCGCUCUCAACAAGUCUGUCGCUGAGUCUUCCGUCCGGCGGAAGUACCAGUGUCGUGUGGGGGCUCUUGACUGCCGGUAUCUGUAACUUGUGCAUGUCUGCAUCGCUGGCCGAAUUCCUAUCUGCGUACCCGACCGCGGGUGGUCAAUACCAUUGGGUUGCUGUCAUUUCCUGGCGAAAGUCAAUGCCUAUUCUGUCAUGGAUUACCGGAUGGGUGAACUGCGCCGGUUGGGUCGCGCUGGUCGCGACUGGUGGUCUUCUCGGCAGUCAACUGGUCCUGGCCGUGAUUUCUUUGAUGCAUCCGACUUUCGAGUCCCACCCGUGGCAACAGUUCUUGAUUUACAUCGCAUACAACAUCGUCGCUUUCCUGAUCAACGCCCUUUUGAACCGCAUCCUUCCCUAUUUCAAUAAAGCUGCUUUCAUUUGGUCUCUUGCUGGGUUCACUAUCAUUUGUAUCACAACGCUUGCUUGCGCAUCGCCCAACUAUAACUCUGGAGACUUCGUGUUCCGGGAAUUCCUCAACAGGACGGGAUGGCCUGAUGGCAUCGCGUGGCUCCUCGGUCUUCUUCAAGGAGGUCUUGGUGUUACCGGAUUUGACGGUGUUGCACACAUGAUUGAAGAAAUCCCUAAUCCCUCUGUGGAGGGUCCCAAGAUCAUGAUCGCUUGUGUUGGUAUCGGCACUGUGACCGGAUUGAUCUUUCUUAUCGUUAUGUUGUUCGUGGGCGGCCCGAUAGACAACAUGAUUAACGGCGCUGCUGGUCCCCUCUUGACUAUUUUGAAGCAUGCGACCCAGAACAACGCCGGUGCCAUCUGCCUGUUGAUUUUCCCUCUCGUCUGCAUGCUCUUCGCUACCACUGCGAUCAUGACGACCAGCAGCCGUAUGUGCUAUGCAUUCGCUCGUGAUGGCGGUCUUCCAUUCUCUAGGUUCUUUUCCCGAGUUCACCCCAAACUCGGUGUGCCCCUGAACUCGCUCUAUCUGAACCUCCUCCUCGUUGUCAUCUUUGGAUGUAUUUUCCUCGGAUCGUCCAGUGCGUUCAAUGCGAUCAUCUCGGCUGCUGUUGUCAUGUUGGAUCUUGCCUACGGGAUCCCCAUCGCCAUCAACUGUAUCCGCGGACGUAACACCCUCCCUGAGCGCCACUUCGUCCUUCCAGAAAUCCUCGGCUGGACCUUGAACAUCAUCUCGUUGGUCUACAUCACUUUGACUACUGUUCUGUUCCUCUUCCCACCCGAACUUCCUGUCACGGGGAACAACAUGAACUACUGUGUUGUCGCCUUCGCGAUUGUUUUUAUUAUUUCGGCAUUGGCUUGGAUUUUCGACGGUCGCAAGAACUUUGUUGGCCCGCGCAUCGAGUUGGAGGUUCUUUCUGGGGAGGCUAAACCGGAAAUUCCCAUUCCUGCCAUUGAGCAGAAGAGUUGA